AUGACCAGGCCGACCCGACGAGCCCGAACCUGGCCAACCUCCCCGAACCACGGCGCCGCCAAGCGCCACCGCAUCCCGUCGCUAGCUACGGGCCGACGCCAAGGACCGCCGAGGCGGGCUCGAGAACGGCGGCGGCUCCGGCGACGCCCCCUGCCCGCCGCACGCCUCCGUGGGUCGCCGGCACGUUCCAGCGGGCGUGGCAGCUUACCACGCGUCGGGUCCGCUCGGGAAACGGCUCCGGCGACCUCUGCGCAGAGCUCGGCGGCGGGCGACGCCGCCGACGGCGCCGCGACGCUGCCCCCGCACCGCGGCGUCGUCAUCAAGAACCCGCGCUACCUGUGCGGCCACUCGCGGCGCCCCAGCUCGGGCAGCAGCGCGGGCGGGGGCGGCGGCGGCGGCCGCGGGGGCCUCGGCCCCGCCCUCGAGUACGACUCGGCCGCGGAGGACUCGCUGCUGAUGCUGGCCGUGCCCGACCCCGAGCCAGCCACCGCCUUCGACCUGGAGAACUUCGUGACGCUGCUGCUGCCCUCUGUGGAGAACAAGCCACUCGACACGUCGGCGCUGCAGAGCCUCAAGAUGAUGCUGCAGGAGACGGGCCCUCGCGUGCUGGCGAACCACCUGACGCGGGUGGAUCUGGAGCUCACGGCCGGGGGCGGCAUGCAGGUGGGUGGCGUUGGCGGCGGCGGCGGUGGCGGAGGCGGCUGGGAGGCCGAUCUGGGGCUCGGCAUCACCUGCGGCCUCGAGAUGUGCUCUCUGCCGCACGGCCGCCAGCUGCGCCUCGAUCUCAUCGAGAGAACGGAAUGUCUGAAGCUGCUGGUGGCUGUCACUAUCCUUACUUGUGCGUCUGAGUCAGAGCGUGCAGAACUUCUAAACAAGUGGAUUCAAGUAGCAAUUGACACAAAAACAGCUCUAGGAAACCUGUACGGUUUCUGUGGCAUUAUGAUGGGACUGUGCAUGCCACAGGUGCAACGUCUCACGUCAACUUGGCAUGUCCUCCGGCAGAAAUUUACAGACAGUGCAUUUAAUUUUGAAGCAAAACUGCGCCCAACAUUGAAGAGUAUGAAUGAAUGUUCUAAUCCCCAGGCUCCCAAUACCACCAUUCCACACCUGUUGCCAUUUAUCUUGCUUCAAGAGCGCAGCCUUGAUGAUAUAUUGGGUACGGCUCCAAGCAGCAAUAUGGCAAUAUCUGUUUUGGGAAGUUGGGAGUCCUCCACAGCUGACUUUGGACUUGGCACAUUAUAUGCUCAUUUAGAAUCUGCUCGCAAGUUUGGUGAAUCAUUGCCUACAUUUCGACGUAACGCAGAGAUUGUGCUUGGUGACACCAAGGUGGAUGAUUUGCUUCUUGAUGCCUUCCGCACUGAGUUUCAUCUUAAGUUCCUGUGGGGCAGCCGGGGUGCAGCUGUGGCCCCUGCUGAUCGCCAUGCAAAGUUCGACCAGGUGUUGUGCGUAAUGUCCGAGAAAUGUGAGCCCCCUUCACCUGUGCAUACUCCUGUUGGUACAGCAGUUUGAAUAUUAUGCUACCAAAAGCUUACAAUCCUUGUCAAUGUCUGCUUUGUUUAUCUGGUGCCCUGAAAAGUCUUAAUGUAACUGAACUUCUCUACUCGAGUUUGAGUACUUGUGGAGGGCUCAGUCACAGGAUACUGAAAAGAAAAGAUAUUAAGUGCAUGUAGGCAGUUUUAUUUCCUUGUGGUUAAAUGAAAGUUUGCAACUGUAAUGUAUUGUCAGCAAUUAUCCAUCAAACCUGACUGACAAAUUAAUUGAUAAAAUUAUGUAAUGAUGGUAUAUAUUCCUGUUUCCCAAAAUGGGUGAUGUUUUCAUUUGUGUUUUUGAUUUAUAUUAUAAUUUUUGAGGCACAAAAGUGUGAAACUGAAACUUUUCAAGGAAACUUAGGAGAUGGUGAGUAAAGAGCUUGCUACCAAUAUUCCUAUUGUGGUGCUGAUCUCAUGAAAUCAAAUUUCUUUUGCCUUAAUGUUUCUUUACAAAGACAUCAAUAUUCAUUUCUGCAUAUCUGCUGUGCACAACUAACUUAGAUCAUAUUUAAAUGAUACCUCAGGAUAGAUCAAGUUCUUCCUUAAUGGCUACAACCAUCACUGCCUAUGCAAAAGACAUAAAUUUGUAUUGAUUUCCUAGCUUUGCAAUGAAAAUUGGAAAUACUUAACAAUGUUAUUUUACAAUAAACAAUUGAGGAAAUUAAAAUGAGGAAAUUAAAAUUGUAUUUGAUAAAUGGAAUUUUAAUUGGUAAAUAUUCUUACUUGUCAAGUUGACUAAAAUUUCUUUGUUUUGGUACACAUUUCUAAACAAAAUAUUAUUAUGCAGACUGGUGUAGCCUUACUUCAUGCCCAAAACAAAUUUUUAACUUGAAUAUGGUAUUAAAAAUAAACACAUAUAUUUUUCAAUGUUGUGUCAACUAAGUGUGGGUAAUGUCAGAUUUAUGAGGUAGUAAAAACACCAAAGUAUUUUAAAUUAGGGCACCAACUCAUGUACUGCAGAGCUUGCUUUCGCUGAAGGCUUUUGCUGCAUCAAUUAUUUCGGCAAGAUAUUCUUCACACAAUGGCACAAAGAAGGCCUAAGUUGAAUGACUAAGCUACUUUAACUGCCUACAAACAAGCAUCAUAGUUCUUAAUAAAGGAUUAAAAAAGAUGGGCUCUCUUAGUUCAAAAUCUAUAUUUUUAACUUUUCUAAAUUACAUGAAUUGUAGCAUUUGCAAACUUUAUAUAAAUCAGGAUAUUCUAAAUUCUUUGAAUUUCUUGAGUAGAUGUUUAUACCAUCUGAUCAAGAACCAAAGUAAUUAAGUACAAAUGAGUUCAGGAGAGCAUCAAAAUAAUAUAAUCCUUUAUUGCCUUUUGGCAACAGCAGUGCCAAUUGGUAAAUGACAAGUGUGUGGAAACAGCUUAUUUUAAUAUUUUUAAAUAUUAGAAUGUUCCACAUAUCAUUGUGUAGGACCUAUGAAUAUUUGUCAGUGAUUGAACUUGUCAAUUCUAUGUAUAUUUUCUCUUGUUUAGUAUUGUAUAUGCGAAAUGUAAAGUUAUUUAUGUGUACGUAUAUAUGCACGGUACCUAAUUUUCAUGUAUGGUUAUUGAUUAAGAACUGAUUGGAACAUAAAUUUACAUACAAUUUGAGAGAUCAAUUUUUCUUCGUAUUGUCUUUAAUCUUAACACAGUUUUCAUCUUGUAAUCAUUUGAUCUUUUCUUCAUUGCCAACAUUUUCUAAUGCAAUGUAACUGAAUUGUGUUCCUUAUUGACAUAUGGAAAUCAGUGAAAAAAUCCUCUCAAAAUGGUUGAAAAGAUGAUAAUUUGAAAAGAAAAGUUUCUGUUCAGAAAUGUUUAUAUUUUAUUUACAGUACCUUCUUGAUUGCUUCCUAAUUUGCUAGUGCUUAUAAAAAUAUUUCAGCAAAAAUUUAUAUUUUGUAGUUUCCACGAAAAGUGAAUUAGAAAUUAGGGAAUGUAUUCAAUUUUCUGAAAAUUCUGAGAAACAUGAGAAAUUAUUUCUGGCCCUACUGGCUUAAAUCAUAUCAGUUCUGUCUGUGAGGAAAUAUAUUUCUCGCUAAUGUCAUACAUUUACCAUUGUAAUGUAUACGUUACACAAAGGUCAAAACAUUUACUCAAUACUGUGUUAAGAAAAAUAUUUAAAUAUUGCAAGUAAAUAUAAAAUAUAAAAAAUAUAUUAUUACAAGACUGCAUAACAUGUACAUUUCAUCCCUGUAUAUAACCAUGUUAAACCUAAAACAUGAGAUAGAUUUAUGUUGUAUUUUUAUUGUCUUCAGAAAUGGAAAACAACGAGUAUUGGCGUAUAAAGAUUGUGUUUAUGUAUGAAAUUCUGUUUUUCUAUCUUCUACUCUAGACUGUCAAUGUAUAGCUUCUUCUCUGUCUACAUACCUACUACACUUACUCUCCAAUCAAGGCUGUAUAAUGAACUAAGAGUGUAUAGAAAGAAGAAAAUAAUAGUUAUAUAAUAAAUAUGAUGAUGAAUGUGAGAUGAAUAAAUGACACAAAGUGUACAUAGUUCUCUUAUCCCAAAUAUGUGAAAAUAUGUUUUAGAGCCUGAAUACUAUAUACAUCUAUAUGUUUUGUGUUGUACUUUUGUGAAGCUAUAUUCAAUUAUAGUUCUUCAAUGGGGCUGUUCAUGUAUGUUAUAAGGUUGAAAUUCAUAUUGUCCCACUGUUUCUAAGACGUGUUGUGUGACUGCAUCAUUUCAUAUACAGUUUUGAAAAGAACAGGAUGUUAUCAGUAUGUUCGAACUAUUGGAAGAUAAUAUAUGUUACAUUUAUAUGAGGCAAUAUUGUUUUACUUAGAACAAACAAAAAUAGAUACUGUUCCUGCAAGUUUUCAUAUUUAUUACAGAAAUCAAGAAGUUAAUUACUAGAAUGGUAACAGUGACAUAUUCAAUUAUAUACAUUAAUAAAAUAUAGUUAAGAAUAAAAGUGUGUCACUAUAAUAUGCGAAUGAAAUUUGCAAUGUAUGAAGUAUUAUAUCUGGUGUAGUAAACAAAAUAAGAUUUUCUGAAUCUAGAGUUUUCAAACUUCUUUGCUACUAGAAUAGUAAGUAUUGUGAAGAUAAUUAGUGCUAUUGGGUGUAUUGACUUAGAGAAAUGAAAACAUGAAUAAUGUGAAUUUUAAACACUAGUCAGUCUGAAAUUUAUGUGUGAAGUAUGAACUGUGUCCGAAAAUUAAAGUGGAUUUUUUGUAAUUAGGAGCAAAGCAUAUACAGAACAGCCUCAUUAUUUUUGUGAUACCUAUUACAAAUAAACUCAGUGUCAUUUGUAACAAGAAUUUUGUUUCUAAAAUUUAUAUUACAAUCUUGCAGUUAAA